GUUAGUUUAGAUACUCUGUUGAAAGUAUGCUAUUUACUAAAAUUGUAAAUUGACUUUAACUGCAGAGAUGUUUUGGAACUCACAGUGGCCAUUACAAUUAAAGAUAAAAAGGCAGAAACAUGCACUCUUAAAUUCAAGUGCCAUAUUUUUUUUAUAAUUUAUCUGAUUUUUCUUUCCAUUUACUUCCCAAGCCACUCCUCCCCAUUUAUGUUUCUGAAUGAUUGCAUCUUUGUUUUUUUAUAGCACUUGGUAUCGUUCUCACGCUCACUUUGCUUCCUUGAUUCCUUGCUCCACCAUUUUCCCAUGUUACUGACAAAUGGCCCGCUGGUGAGUCCUUUUUUUUUUUUUUUGAAACAGAUUUGGACCUGAUGAGAGGAAUGGAUGCAAAAUUGACUGUGCUUGAUUACUGUUUUGCCUAUCAGUUUGUCUAAAUGAUACCAGUUGGCAAUAACCAAUUUGGAACCUGAUGAGAGGAAUGGAUGCAAAAUUGACUGUGCUUGAUUACUGUUUUGCCUAUCAGUUUGUCUAAAUGAUACCAGUUGACAAUCACCAGUGAGUGUUUAAUUGGUUAACCACAGCUUUAUUGGCUAAAUCAGGUUUUCAUGCAAAAUUAGUGGUGAUGCCAAGAGCUGAACUAUAUGAUUUGCUAUGUGCUAACUGCAGUUCUAUUGACGAAGUCUUUUAUUUUCAGUUAUCUAAUUGAAAUUGGUGGGAAAUUAUUGAAUGUUUGCACUGACAACCUGGAGCAGAAAAUAACAUAUAAAUAAAGGAAAAAAAGUUAUCUGUUGGACCAAGAAUGAAACUUAAUAGGUGUUUAUGGCCUUUCAUGGACUUUCUCAUGUGUGUUAUUUUACAUUGCUCUUUGUGAUUGAUAAAAAAUGGCAGGGCUGUUACUUUUAGUUUUAGAAGUCUGCUUGGUUCUCCUUUGUGAUUUAUUCUCAUCUUUUGAAUGACCUUGGAUGCUCCAUAUAUGGUGAUCUUUUAUUAUUUUAAGCAUGAUUGUGAUCAAUGUAAUUACAUCUACUUAAUGAUUAGGUUUGGAUGGUUCAGAUGCUGGUCUGGCCAGCACUGCAGUGGAUGAUUAGGAUAUGAUCUGUUUCUCUGAAAUUGGAGUUAAAUGGUGGCUUUCAUCUUUGCUUCUUUUUGUGGGUGUGUGUGUACUCUUACUCUGAGCAUUUGUUAAAAUUUCAAGAUUUCAGCAAUAAGCUGUCCCUUUUCUUUUAGCAAAUGCAUAUUUGUUUUAGUUUGAUUACAUUACCUUGCUAUGUUGCAGAGAAACACAUAGGGUUUUUGGGGUUCUGUAGUAAAGCAGAUAACUUGAUGAUUUCCCAUGUGUUUUUUGGAAAUGAUUGUAGGAGGUGGAUUUGGAUUUUCCAUGGGUUUGAUACUGGCUUCCCUGGAAAAUUCUAUAAUGCAAGAUCAAAUGACUGACAAACAAAAAUUCAUUUAUCAAGCCAAGCAAAUGGUGCAGAGAAGCUGGAGUUCAGCAAAAACAUUUGUAGUCAUGGGAUUUCUCUGCUGUUGAGUGUGGUGUUCAGAAGCCAUUGCAAAGAAAAAUUACACAUACGGAUAACAUAUAUGUCAAUAUAUCAUUUAAAUUUCUCAUAUGGGGUCAAAUGUUGUAAAUAAUUGUGUGCUGGAUCUUAUUCUCUCAAUGGUAACGGCAAAUGACGUGGCAGCAUGUUGCCUCUUCUUCAAGUGAGAAAUACUGAGGUUGACGUACUGAACCUGUGUUGUAUGAAGAUAGCUUAUUUUAUUAAGUAAAUUUUGUUACUUUAA